AACUGAUGGAUGAUGUGACCUGUGGGAAAACCUAUCAGAGCGGGCAUGCUGUAAAGUUUAUUCUUUCCUCUAAUCUGAGACUAGUGUGACUCUGCAGUGGCAUCAGUGCAUAGUGACUGCUGAGUGAAGAAACCUCUCUGGACAUUAUGAGGAUACUCAAGUGGAGUCUGAGGAGCAAGAUGAAUGUCAAAGUUCCGACAGUACUGUUGAUCCUUCUGAGUCUGACCAGAGAACUGGUAGGCUGCCCAUCAAUCUGCAACUGUAACAUCACCCACACCGACUGUAGCAGCCAUGAUCUCCCGCUCUCCUUCAACUUGAUUUCCAGCCAGAUUCCAUCUAACGCCACUACCCUCAACCUCUCCAGAAACGGCAUCGCGCUAAUAGAUCCAGGAGCCUUUGCCAACCUCAGCAGCCUUCUGCAACUGGAUCUCUCCAAAAACCAGCUCCUCACGCUCCACCCCACCACCUUUUACCCACUGAGAAGCCUGGAGCUUCUAGACCUUUCCAGCAACAUCCUGGAGGACCUCGCAGUUGAUCUUUUCUCUGAGCUCAGCAACCUCAGAGAGCUAAUUUUAAGGGACAACAGGUUAAAGAAUGUAAACUCCAAACAGUUCCAGAGUCUGGCUGAACUCCAACGCCUGGACCUUUCCUUGAACAGCCUGGCCUCUGUGUCCCUGGAUCUUCUGGAUGGACUUCAGGGACUGGUGUGGCUCUCAUUAGCUGGGAAUAGGCUAAGUUCGAUUCCGAGACCUGUGCUGGAGCCGCUCACUGUGCUGAAGCGCCUCCUGCUGGAGGGAAACCGCUGGAACUGCAGUUGCAGCCUAGUGCCAUUCAGACACUGGGUGGAAUGGAUGUUAUAUAGAGGUGGCCAUGUGGAUUCCAUAGAGUGUUCUCUUCCUGCGGUCCUACAAGGCCGAGACCUCCGCAUCAUCCCCAUGGACAUGUUCAAACACUGUUCCCGGCGCCCCUCCUCAGACAUGAGGAUGCCUCCUUCAACCAAGAGUCUCAUUGUCUCCAGAGACUCAACAGCAGCCUGUAUUGAGCAGCGUCCCCGUGCGAUGAACCUGCGCCGAGCCACCACCACCUUGGUGCUGGCCAGACUGGUGUGUGGCGUGGUGUGGCUGAUGAUGGUCGUGGUGGCCAUGUACGGCUGUGUCUAUGCCAUGCUGGCGGCCAAGUAUAAACAGGAGCAGUUCAAGAGGAGUCUGUUGCUCCGCCAGCUGCUACUGAUCGAAGUGAAGGAGCCAGAGGUCGAGAAGGAGAAGGAGGAGGAAGAUGAGAAAGAAAUGGAGGCUGAUAAAGCUCCUUUUGAUAAGGGAGCUAAGGCUAGAGAGCACACAGAGUGGAUGGUGUUGCCACCAGAAGUCUGCAUUUGA